AGUGGAGGCAGCAUAUGUAGGAAUUAGGAUAGUACAAGUGCGCAGGAUAUUUCAGAAUGUGCUGUCUAGCCUCCUCUACUUGUACAUUUAUCAAUAUUCCUCUCCUUCAAUCCCCUAAACAUAUAUAAAUCCAAGCGUGGGCUCCCAUUCAAACACACACACUCACAGAAAAACUACACAUCAUCUCUCACUUGUGUUUUUCUUUUUCCCUCUUCUCAAUCAAAAGAAAAAGAAUUGAGCUAAAGAUGGUGAAGUUCUCUAAGCAGUUUGAGGGUCAGCUUGUGCCUGAAUGGAAAGAAGCCUUUGUUGAUUAUUGGCAACUCAAGAAAGACCUCAAGAAAAUCCACCUACUCAACACUCACAACACUAAACCCACCAGUAAUCACAAACCCAAUUCUCUGUCCAACACUGUCUUCACCUCUGUAAAGAAAUUCUUGUUUGGAAUUCAACAGAGAGAGCAUGGUACAAUUCAGGUGCACAGGAAACUUGCAUCUUCUGCUAGUAAGGGAGACAUGUAUGAGACGGAACUACUUGAACAAUUCGCGGAUAGUGAUGCGACUAAAGAGUUCUUCGCUUGCUUGGAUUUACAACUUAACAAGGUUAAUCAAUUCUACAAAACAAAGGAGAAGGAGUUCUUGGAUAGAGGGGAGUGUUUGAAGAAGCAAAUGGAGAUUCUCAUUGAGCUGAAACCCGCGCUUAACCGACAGCAUGAUAAAGGAGCUGCUUCUACUCUUGAUGAGGAUGAUCCUUCUGUGUCAUGCACCAUUUCUUGUGUGGAGGACUCUGUUAACUCUGUUAAGGACAGAACAGAACAAGAGAAGCAGGUGCAAGAAAGCAACUCAGAUGACUCGGAGAAAGAUAUUGAUGAGCCAUUUCCAAAUACCCCAAGAUCAGAUGACCUGGGAAAAUCAAUAAGAAUGAAAACAGAAGAUGGAAAGCUGAGGACGCUUUCGGGUCGUGUUUUCAGUUGCCAAGGGAAGAACAUUAAGUUAAACAUUCCUCUAACAACGCCAUCUCGAACAUUCUCCGCAAUUAGUUACUUGGUGUGGGAAGAUCUAGUCAAUCAGUCCUCGAGAAAGUGUGGCCCCGAAGGAAGCAAGUUGCACAUCAACAAAGCCAAGUUGCAUCAUGCAGAGAAGAUGAUUAAAAGGGCAUUUAUUGAGCUCUACAAAGGAUUAGGCUAUCUUAAAACUUACAGGCACCUGAACAUGCUUGCUUUCAUAAAGAUUUUGAAGAAAUUCGACAAAGUAACAGGAAAACAAGUGCUACCCAUUUAUCUAAAAGUAGUUGAAAGUUCAUAUUUCAACAGCUCAGACAAGGUAAUACAUUUAGCAGAUGAAGUUGAGGAGCUAUUUAUCAAGCACUUUGCAGAAGAAGAUCGAAAAAAGGCCAUGAAAUAUCUUAAACCUCAUCAACAUAAAGAAUCUCAUGCCGCGACUUUCUUCAUUGGGCUGUUUACCGGGUGCUUCUUUGCACUACUGGCUGGUUAUGCCAUUAUGGCUCAUGUUACUGGAAUGUACAGACGUCAGCCGGCCAAUACAGUAUACAUGGAGACUGUGUACCCAGUACUUAGCAUGUUUAGCCUAUUGUUUCUACACUUCUUCUUGUAUGGUUGCAACAUUUUCAUGUGGAGGAAGACUCGUAUAAAUUAUAGCUUCAUCUUUGAACUCUCCCCGACCAAGGAACUUGGGUACAGAGAUGUUUUCUUGAUUUGUACCACAUCAAUGACUGCUGUAGUGGGAGUUAUGUUUAUUCAUUUGUCUCUUCUGACAAAAGGGUAUUCAUAUUCGCAAGUUCAAGCCAUUCCUGGACUUAUGCUAAUGGCCGUCCUAUUAGUCCUUGUGUGCCCCUUCAAUAUUUUCUAUAAAUCAAGCCGUUACCGCUUCAUUUCCGUGAUAAGGAAUAUCAUCUUAUCACCUCUCUACAAGGUUGUCAUGCUAGAUUUCUUUAUGGCUGAUCAGCUAUGCAGUCAGGUACCAAUGCUCAGAAACCUUGAGUAUGUGGCAUGCUAUUACAUAACUGGAAGCUACAAAACCCAGGACUAUGGUUAUUGCAUGAGGGCCAAGCACUACCGUGAUCUUGCCUAUGCAGUGUCGUUCCUACCGUACUACUGGAGAGCAAUGCAGUGUGCUCGACGAUGGUUUGAUGAAGGACAGACAAGCCAUCUGGUCAAUCUAGGCAAGUAUGUAUCAGCAAUGUUAGCAGCAGGAGCAAAAGUAGCCUAUGAGAGGGAAAGAGGAGCUGGAUAUCUCUGUCUAGUUGUGGCCGUGUCAAGUGCCGCAACAGUGUACCAAUUAUAUUGGGACUUUGUAAAGGAUUGGGGUUUGCUUCAAAUGAAUUCCAAGAAUCCGUGGCUAAGGAACGAGUUAAUGCUUCAACGAAAGAUCAUUUACUAUUUCUCCAUGGGAUUGAACCUUGUUCUCAGACUGGCUUGGCUUCAAACUGUUCUCCAUUCAAAUUUUGAACAUGUUGAUUACAGAGUAACUGGGUUGUUCUUAGCUGCCCUUGAAGUCAUUAGGAGAGGGCAGUGGAACUUUUACAGGUUGGAGAAUGAGCAUCUAAAUAACGCAGGCAAGUUUAGAGCAGUGAAGACAGUGCCACUUCCUUUUAAUGAAGUGGAUGAGGAAGACUGAUGCCCCAUUGGCAACAGUUGCUUAGAGAAAAUCCUAUUCCAUUCGGGGAAUUGACGAUUUUUCGACCAAAUUUUUCAGAGAGGAUUGAACCCUUUUGUCCUCCUAGUACAAGUUGAUGUAACAAGCAUGUUAACUUGAUUCUUAUUGUUCCAAGAAUAUUGGCGGAAAAAAGGGUUUACACAAUUGUAUACAAGAAUUUUUCUUCAAUGAAAUGGAAAUUGAUGCAUUACCCAGUUGCAGAUAUUGUUGAUUUCAUGCUAUAUUCAACAAAAUCCAGAUGAUGCUGCAAAGCUAGUUAAAUCUGAAGUUAAAGAACAGGAGUAAAGUUGCUUUAAAAAAGUCAUAUGCUUAAAAUAAAUAGAAAAAUCCCCAAAAACCUAAAUAAGCAAAUCUACAAGAAGUGCUGCAACUUACACGGCUACACUCAUGGCUCCGAAGGUUAUGCCUUUGACGGUUUAAUUAAGCAGAAGUUCGAAAAUCCACUUACAAGUUACAUCCAUGGCUGCGACUGCUGCUUUCGGGGACUGUCUCUCAAUUCCCUAUUUCAGGUCCCAGCGGACUAUCAAUACCCAGUUGUGGCCCAAUUUCGUCAAACCCGUCUCUGCCUUUAAGAAAACCCCAACAGUUGCAAUUUCCAGGCUUAGAUUUUCUCUAGCGGCGCCGGUGCCACCGAAACCCGUGUUUCGGGUAUGGGCGGUUUUCAACACGUUCCCAGAGGCAGAACCAAGUGAUUCAAAUGCGGCAAAUGAGGGUCCAACUUUUGAUAUAAAACUUCCAAGGAGGAGUUUGCUUGUGCAAUUCACUUGUGAUAAGUGUGGUGAAAGAACAGAGGUUAAUAAAUCGAUUAGCCUAUGAACGGGGACUUGUUUACGUGCAGUGUGCAGGGUGCGAACGGCAUCAUAAACUAGUUGACAAUCUUGGCCUUGUGGUUGAGCAUGACUUGCGUGAGGAAACAAGUGCAGAAUUGGAUGUAGAUGAAAUUUCAUGAGCGACAAUGGAUUCAGUACCUUUUUUGUUGUAAAUUCUUGGAUAGUUAUUAUAUUACUGUGAUCUGAAUAUAAUGAAAUUCAUCUUUAUUGAAUAGUAUAAAAAUUAAUUAAUGGAAUACAAAAACGUCUGGAAAUUUUGUCUC